GUUACCUUCAUAAUAUCAAUGAAGUCAAAUCCAAAUAUAUAUAAAACACAUUAUCACAUUACCUCAUGACUGUACUCUCUACCUACAAAAUAAUUUCGAAAAAGAAAAAAAGAAAAUGAUUGAUCAUGAGAGACUUAGUCAAGCUUUUACCUUUCACAUUUCCCCCCCUUAUAUAAGGCAAUGUUGAGCACCCAUUGAUGGCAGCUUCUUCAUUCUGGAAGAUGAUGAUGAAGAAGAAGAACCCACAUCUCAGAAUAAUAGCCCUCUGGGUCUGGGGCAUCCUCUCUAUCCUACUAUUGAUCUCCAAACCCUCUCACCAAGCUUCUUCUUACACCUCCCCUAGACUCCAAAAGGCUUACACUGCACUCCAGGCAUGGAAACACCAUAUCACCUCCGACCCCAAAAACUUCACAUCAAACUGGUGUGGCCCAGAUGUCUGCAACUACACCGGUGUCUACUGUGCACCCGCCCCAGAUGACCCCCACACCUUAACAGUAGCCGGAAUAGACAUCAACCACGGUGACAUCGCCGGUUCGCUACCGGAAGAGCUCGGCCUCUUGACCGACCUUUCCCUCUUCCAUCUAAACUCCAACCGCUUCUGCGGCACCGUCCCCCCCAGCUUUCGCAGCCUUAAUCUUCUCCACGAGAUUGAUAUUAGUAAUAACCGGUUUUCGGGCUCAUUCCCUCCGGUUCUUCUUUGCCUGCCUUCAAUCAAAUUCAUUGAUAUCCGGUUCAAUCAAUUCCAAGGUCAGAUUCCUCCCCGCCUUUUCGACAUGAAACUCGACGCUUUGUUCAUCAACGACAACCAGUUCCAGUCGUCGUUGCCGGAAAACAUCGGUAACUCCCCGGUUUCGGUUAUUGUUUUGGCGAACAACAACCUCAACGGUUGCCUGCCUCCCGGUUUGUCGAACAUGAGGAACACGUUGAACGAGAUUAUCAUAACGAACAGUGGGUUAACGGGGUGUUUGCCUUCGGAAAUUGGGUCGUUGAGCGGCGUUACGGUGUUUGAUGUGAGCUCUAACAUGCUGGUUGGUCCUUUGCCGGAGUCGGUGGGGAAGAUGAAGAGCUUGGAGCAGUUGAAUGUGGCGCAUAACAAGCUGUCCGGUGAGAUUCCCGCCGGCAUAUGCGUCUUGCCUAAGCUGGAGAACUUCACCUACUCGUAUAACUAUUUCUGUGGUGAACCGCCCGUGUGCCUGAAGCUGCCGAAGAAAGAUGACCGCCAGAAUUGCAUCCCGGAUAGGCCUUUGCAGCGGUCACCAAAUGAGUGUGCCUCUUUCUAUGCUCAUCCACCUGUUGACUGUGGUGCCUUUGGCUGCUCACCUAGAAGUCCCCCACCGCCACCGCCACCUCCUCCUCCGCCGCCACCGCCACCACCUCCGCUGCCCCCUCCACCGCCUCCUUCCGCCACCACCUCCCCACCGCCGCCUCCUCCGCCUCCGCCGCCACAUUGGAAAUGGCAUUUAGCCCCGCCGGUGCCUGAUUAUAAUCGUCCAUGA